AUGGCAGUCAGCAAAAACAAAAUGGAGACGGAGGCAGAGAAGAAGUACCCUUGCCCUGAAUGUGGCAGCUUUUUCAGAUCAAAGUCUUAUCUGAACAAACACAUACAGAAGGUUCACGUCAGGGCCCUUGGUGGCCCACUGGGGGACCUUGGUCCUGCUCUGGGAUCCCCUUUUUCACCCCAACAGAACAUGUCUCUUCUGGAGUCAUUUGGGUUUCAGAUCGUCCAGUCAGCAUUUGCAUCAUCCCUAGUGGAUCCAGAGGUCGACCAGCAACCGAUGGGAACCGCGACGGCAGGCGGCGGGUCCCCCGGGGGGGGGCGGGAGCUGGAGAUGCACACCAUCAGCUCCAAGGUGUUCGGGGACAUCCUGGACUUCGCCUAUACCUCACGCAUCGUGGUGCGGCUGGAGAGCUUCCCGGAGCUCAUGACGGCCGCCAAGUUCCUGCUGAUGCGCUCUGUCAUCGACAUCUGCCAGGAGGUCAUCAAACAGUCCAACGUGCAGAUCCUCGUGCCCCCCACGCGCCCCGACAUCAUGCUGUUCCGCCCGGGAGCCGCUGACCUCGGCUUCCCUCUCGACAUGACCAACGGUGCCACGUUGGCGCCCAAUGGCAAUGGCAUUGCAGGCAUGCCUGAAGACGAGGCCACGCGGGCUGCACUCACCGCGGCACAGUCCUCCCUGCCUGUGCUGCAGGGUGUGGACCGCCUGCCCAUGGUGGCAGGACCCCUUUCCCCGCCGCUGCUGGCCUCACCCUUCCAGAAUGUUGCUGCUAGUGCCCCCACCUUAGGUACCAAGCGGGGCAGAGGCCGUCCCCGUAAAGCCAACCUCUUGGACUCCAUGAUGUUCGGGGCCCCGGGUGGACUGCGGGAGGCUGGCAUCCUGCCAUGUGGCCUCUGCGGAAAGGUUUUCACUGAUGCCAAUCGGCUUCGUCAGCACGAGGCUCAGCAUGGGGUGACGAGCUUGCAGCUGGGUUACAUAGACAUCCCACCCCCCAGACUGGGUGAAAAUGGCAUCCCUGGCCAGGACGACCCUGAUGCGCCCAGAAAAAGAAGCAGGACAAGGAAACAGGUGGCAUGUGACAUCUGUGGCAAGAUCUUUCGGGACGUGUACCACCUGAAUCGGCACAAGCUGUCACACUCUGGUGAGAAGCCUUACUCUUGUCCAGUGUGCGGGUUACGGUUCAAGCGGAAAGACAGGAUGUCCUAUCAUGUUCGAUCCCACGAUGGCUCAGUGGGAAAGCCCUACAUCUGCCAGAGCUGCGGGAAAGGCUUUUCCAGGCCAGACCACUUGAAUGGACACAUCAAACAGGUGCAUACCUCAGAGAGACCUCACAAGUGUCAGCAGGAAAAUGGCAGCCACCAUGGAAUAAGCUCAGAGACAUCCACAGCCAUAGAAAAGUUGAAACUUCAAGAGACUUGUAAUGCUUCCUUUGCCACGCGUGAUCGACUGCGCUCACACCUAGCAUGUCAUGAAGACAAAGUUCCAUGCCAGGUGUGUGGGAAGUACUUGCGGGCAGCAUAUAUGGCAGAUCAUUUGAAGAAACACAGUGAAGGACCAAGCAAUUUCUGCACUAUCUGUAACCGAGGUUUCUCCUCUGCCUCCUACUUAAAGGUCCAUGUUAAAACCCACCACGGUGUUCCCCUUCCCCAGGUCUCCAGGCACCAGGAGUCCAUCCCGAAUGGGGGAGCAGCAUUCCACUGCGUCAGAACCUAUGGCAUCAAAGGCAAGAGACUUCCUGCCCUGCACCUUGCUUCUCUGUGCAGAACUUGGUGCUGUGGGAUGUUGGGCUGGUCAUGAGAAAGGGGAGGGAAG